AUGACAAGCUCGAUGGAGAGUGUUUUCGACUAUACACUUUGCAUUGCUUUUGAUGUUCCGAAGCCAUUCGCAGAAGAGAUUAUAAAAACCGUCUCAGGUCCUGGUGGAUUUAAGCGCGUGGUCAUUCUUAAAACAGUUCCUGAAGAAGAUUUCAAGGAAGCAAAGCAAUCUGGGGAACCUCUUGUUAUCCUUGUUGCACGCUCUCUCGGUCAUGGUGCAAUCAAGUAUUUGUGCGACGACUACCACCUGCCGAAAGAGAAGCGUCGUGUGCGAUGGAUUCACAGUGUCUCUUCUGGAUUGGACAGCUAUAAAUUGCAUGAUCUUCUUGAAGAGGUGAAGGACAUUCCCUUCACGAAUGGCCGCGGCUGCUACUCUUCCAUCUUGGCAGAGCACGUGAUGUACUCCAUGUUGUACUUUUACCGGCAAACGUGGCGCAGCCUGGCGAGCCGCGCGGCGCACAAGUGGGACCCCUUCAACAUGGUUGAGCUGCGCGGGAGGAAGGUGGGCAUCAUUGGCUACGGCGACAUUGGGCAGGCCACCGCCCGCCUUGCCACCGUGUUCGGGAUGGAGGUGACAGGUGUCAGGCGUUCCGCACCCUCCGAGAAGGUGGACAAGUACGGCGCGCUUGUGGUGUCCGGUGACGCCGAGCGGGACCGCGUGAUCCGCGAGUCCGACUUCUUGGUCAAUAUUAUUCCAGGGGGAGAGAGGGCAAAGCAGUUCUUCAACAGGGAGCGCUUUGCCAUGAUGAAGCCGAGUGCAAUCUACAUCAACAUUGGCCGCGGCACCACGACGAACGAAGAGGACCUCGUGCGUGCGCUGCGGGACGGCGUCAUCCGUGGUGCCGCUGUGGACGUCUUCGAGCAGGAGCCGCUCUCCUCCGCCUCCCCGCUGUGGGACAUCAGCGAUGACAAGAUUCUUUUGACUUGCCACAGCGCUUUUAUGACAAGUGACUUUGCUCUCAGGGGUGUGGAAUGUUUUAUGAGCCGGGCACGUUUGUUUGGAUCAGAGGCUUUUGCUUCAUACGCGUUUUUGGUGGACGAGAAUUUUGCUUCGCAGCACUCUUGUCUGAGCUAA